CGACAAUUACUUUGUUCUGCUCCAUCCUCGCACCUUCCCCCUUAGACGACUAUUUAAUUCCGUCCCUUUCUAUAAAUUUGACUCAGAUCCAGCCCUUCUUCUCCUUCCUCUCGCCUUCUUCCUCCCUCGUAGCGAAUCCCCCUCUUCUUCCUUUGCGGGUUUCCCUGCAAUUUCUCUCUUGCAGGACGUGAGCUGGAUCAGGUAGAGAAAGACUCGAUCUUUGCCUCUUUCGUGUUAUUGUUUUUUUCUUCUAAAAGAUAUUCAGUUUGUGUAUCUGUUACGUUUUCUAUUUGGUCUGGAGAAUCUUCGGCUGAUUUAGGUGCUAAGUUCGCAGAUCUGGAAGAGAACGGAGCGAAGAUGAACAGCUGCGGGAAUCAGCAGAACGCCUUUGCCGCCUGCGAAGAGACGAGGCCGCGCUUCCUCGCCGCGGACCACAAAGCCCCGACCUUUUUUUGUCCCAAACCGCGCCGGCUCAUCCCGCUCGCCGUCGUUGCGGAGCCUGUGCCUCCGUUCCGGUGGCACUCUGAGGAUUUCCCCGAUUCGAGGGCAGUGGAAGAAGACCUUGUCGAUUUGCUUCUCGCAAAGGGUGGAGAGCACAACCGCUCGGAUUCGAGUUCACCAUUCUUCUGCGGCUCUCCGCCGAGUCGCGCCAGCAAUCCGGUCGUCCACGACCCUCGAUUCGGCGAGGACCGUCCGCCAGCGCCAGCGCCAGCGCCCUUCGCUCCGUUCCCGCUGACCCAAUCCACGGCGCCCAUGUCCCCCAAACACGGGUGCGCUCACGCCAAGUUUGGCCUUCUACCAGCAGCCGUUCGCGUCGACGGCUUUGAUUGCCUCGACCGUGCUCGCCGGAGCUGCAGCGGCCUCACCGCUGUGGCCUAAAAUUGCCAUCUUUUUACACAACCGCCUCAAACUAUUUCUCUGAAGGCAUGAACAAUCAGAUUUAACUCCGAAAAAUUCAAAAUUUUCAAUCAGGAGAAGAUUUCAUAUUCAAGGAGACAAAAGAUUUUAGGUAAUCUGGAAAACCUUCCAAAGCUUCUCUUGUAAUUGUACAUGUUUCCUACUACCUUCCUACCUUUUUCAAUUUGUAGUAUUCAGUUUUCAAUCUGUAGAUAUAAGAUCAGAUUAGAGAGAGAGAGAGAUUGAAGAGGCCAACAAGCCCAAUCUUCUGAGCUUUUCAUUUUUGUUUUCUAAAAAUUGGAUUUUUAAGCUAUUGAUAGAAGUUGAUCCUUGUGGUUGGGAGCUUCUUCUUGAACUUAGUGUUCUGCCGUCCCAAACUUGGCCGUUGUAUCUGUAUGAAAUGUGUAAAUACUGUAUAUGUAAGUCUUAUGUUUGGAUCUUCUGAAUGGAGUUUAGGGUUCUUCUUUGAUUGAAUUCCAA